GCCCUGGCGGACAGAGGGGGACAGGAGAUGGUCAGGGCAGCAGGGCACAGCCACACAGAAUCUAGACUUGGAGGACUGGGUCUACACAGAGCUAAGGUCUUGAGGCAAGGAGUGAGGAUGCCCGGGACUUCUCUGCUGGCUCCCCUCUAAGCCAUCUCCAGCAGCUCUCAACCCCCCUCCCCGCAGGCCUUCCAUCAACAGUCAGCCCUGCUUCAGCUUCUUGGGCUGAAUCACUUCUUCAUGUUCCAGCCAGGCCCUGUCUCCCUCCAUUUCCUCUCCGGCCUUCAUGUGACACUCCUUUCCUCUACCCGUGGCUCCUGCUUCUCACAGGUUUGCAGUGAAGGGGUUGUCCCGAGGUGCAGAAAUCCACUCCGCUUUGCCAGGUGGAGGCGACAGCACCGCCCCCUCCCAGCUGCCCACCUCCCUGUGGUCUGGCUCCUGUGGGACAUGAGAGAAGGGAGCCCUACCCUGGACCCAGCCUCUGUCAGCCCGCCCUAGAAGGAGAGAAACAAGCAUGAAGUCGUUUGCCUCUUAGAAAUACACACCAGGGCUGCUGGAGGGCAGGGCCCGUGCCUUUUUCUUUUAUGAUCUUGCCAGCACAGUGCGGGGGAUUAAAGAGUGCUAUAUAUCAACAAUCAAAAGAAUAAUAAACAAGCAAUCCAAUGGGCCAAGGCUGUGGGGUGGGGAGGCAGCUCUACAGGAGACUUGAUCCACCAAGCCCACACCCUGAUAAGGUCUGCAGUGGGAAUUAAAUCACUUCUUCCGUCAGUACAGCUGGAGUGGUGUGAAGCGGGAAGCCCACCCCAGUUGGCCAGGAAGUGAGCCGGGCCAGGGGGGUUGCAAGGCAGAGCACACUGCUAAGCCCUGUUCUUUGGUAUACCACUCGAGUUUGCACUCAUGGAAUUAUCCAGGGGGAGAGUUCAGUGGUCAGUGACCUGGGGGAUAAGAAGGGAGUGGCUGGGGUUAAGAUGCCAGGCCUUGGCCAAGUGGUAUGAAGUAAAGGGUGUACAGAACCAGGAAGUGUUACUCAGCCCUGAUCCCCCUGCUUCUCGGAAUAGUGCCAGCCUUGCUGCUUCCAGCCACAGCAGCUUCCAGGAGAGUUGUCCUCCCAGCCAGGCCCACCCACCUAAGGCUGGCCCAGGGUACUGCUGACAAUUCAGGGCAGCCCUAUGUGGCCUUUUCCGCAGAGGAGGGACUGCGAAUAAGGCCCAAGAGGCCUGAGGGGAAGGCCUGGAGCGUGGCGGGAGAGGAGGCCACAGGACCCUGGCCCUCAACUGCUCUCUCUGGCCCUGAGGCUACCGGAGGCAAUCGAGGAAGAUGAGGAUCCGCCAGACUGGGUGUUAGGCCCAGGAGAGGGCAGUUCUCCCUCCCCAAGGUAAUGCUGCACUGCUGAGAAAACUUAAGAGUCACCCUGGCAUGCCCUGAGCCCAGCCCUGGGAGGAGCCAGCCCUUUAUAGACAUGGGGCUGCUUCCCGUUAACACACCCUCUGCCCCACCCCCACCCCCCCAUACCUGCAGGCUUGGCUAAUGAGGGCCUGUCACCAGGCCGCAGGACUGAGUCACCCACACCAGUGACAGGUCUCUCUUCCUUCCCCAACAACUGUUCCACAUGCCUGCCUUUCAAUUAACUCCCACCCUCCCUGAGCUCCUCCCUCCCAGACACACGAAGGGGCAGCUGGGGAGCAGGCCCACCAGCUAGGGCCCAGGGCAGUGGGGCUGUGGGGCAAAAGGAGGCAACGUGGUGACACACAAAGCAGGGCUGCCCCCCAAAAGUCCCCAGGGGAAUCCUAAGCUUCCCUGUGCCUUGGGGUGUUGGCCACGGCUGGCCCAAUCCCUGCAUGCGGAUGCCGCAAUUACCUAAGAGCAUGAAACCCAGCUUCCCACCUGACUGAGUCACCUGAAAACAAUAACACGUUCCCCACUGCCACACACGGGCACAAACAGCCAAGCUACUAAUCAGAGCCCGGGAGCCACCGUGGAGAGGCCUGGCCCUGUGCUGCCCUAGAGCCAGGCACAGGGGCCAGGGAGGGAAGGCGAACUUAGGACCACCAGGAGCCAGGCGCUGGGGAAGCAGCACAGGCCACUCUCGCACCACAGAGAUCCAUCUCUGACACCACAGGCGCUGCCCUCACUCCGGCUCCAGUAAGUGCUGCUUCUUCCUCUUGGGAUUUUUUUUUUUUUUUUCCAUUACCCUAUCAAGUAACCAGGCCACUCCUGUCCCUCUGGGAAACUCUUGUCACCAGGAACUCCUGGUUCUCUACUCUCCUGGACAGAAGUGCCCUCUUUCCAGGACCCCUUCCCACCAUCCAAGAUGCUUCUAGACCACUAGGGCUGUCUCCCUGAUUCUUGCCAUUCACUGCUCCAGUGGGGACCUAAUGCUCCCUGGCAACUCUUGAACUGGGCUGCUGAGGUACGGAGCUUGUCUGUUGGCUCCCCUGGGUGCCAUGGAGACCUGGCGGAAAGGCUCCUUCCGCAACGCCUCCUUCUUCAAGCGGCUGAGCCUGGGGCGGCCGAGACGACUCCAGCGACAGGGCAGCGUGCUCAGCCAGGCCAGCACGGCUGGCGGGGAUCACGAGGAGUACAGCAACCGAGAGGUCAUCCGGGAGCUUCGAGGGAGGCCAGAUGGACGGCGCCUGCCUCUGUGGGGGGACGAGCAGCCCCGGGCCACCCUGCUGGCCCCACCCAAGCCUCCUCGCCUGUACCGAGAGAGCUCCAGCUGCCCCAACAUCCUGGAGCCCCCACCUGCCUACACUGCUGCCUACACGGCUACCCUGCCCUCGGCGCUCUCCCUGGCGGGCACCCUCCACCACUACUCUGAAGAGGACCUUUUGGACACUCCCCCCUUCCAGAAGACACCUGCCCCAGACCUGAAUGAUCCCUUCUUCUCCUUCAAAGUGGACCUGGGGAUUUCACUUCUUGAGGAAGUUCUACAGAUGCUGAGGGAGCAAUUUCCCAAUGAACUUAGCUUCUGAAUGGAGUGCAUGGAAGGCAGAGGUGGGGUAACUGGAAGAGCUGGAAGCCUGGAGGCCCAGGGAAGGAGGAUACAGUUGCAGAUUAAGAAAAAGGUAGGGACAGAAAUCCAGGAUCCUGCCUUCCUUCCGGGUCCUGAACAGUCUUCCAGAUUAUCCUGGAGCAGAGGGACAGAGGGACAGAGGCAAGCCGGAGGAAAUGUCUUGAGGGGGUACUUGCUGGCGGGAGCCCUGAAGGCAGCUGGCUAAGCUGGGGAAGGGAGGCCAUGCCUGUAACCACGGGGACAAGGCAGAGGCCAGCAGAGGGGGAGGGGAGCACCAGGGGUGAGUCAGGGAGUGGAGGACUCACACUGAGCAGAUCAGAUGGGUGCCCUGCAGCAGCUCCUCUGAAGCCACUGUUUAUAGAGAGACGUUACAGGUCUAGGCAAAAGUGGUCUGACCCAGGCCAAAGAGGAAAGUGGGGAGACCUGAGGGAAGAGCCACUAAGGACAUGUGGUUGUUCAGAUUGAAAUGAGGUAAAAUUAAAAAUUUAGUUCCCUAGUUACACUGGCCACAUUUCAAAUAUCCAGCAGCCACACGUGAUUAACGGCUACCACAUUGGACAGCGCCAGUUGCAUGUAAACAUCACUGGACAAAGUCCUGUUGGACAGCACUGGCAGAGACCAGGGCCCGGAGCCACCAGUGCCAUGGUGGGGUCAGGGGGAAACAUCUGGGGGAGGGAAGGGCUGGCAGAGUAGGAAGAGGGAGGCAUACAGAGGUGCAGAGUAGACUCAGGAAAAAGGCCACACAAAUCAUUUCCAGAAAAAAGACACGAGAGACACACUGCCAACAGAGCUGCCCAGAGCAUGCCCUGGUGCCCGAGGAAGGUGUCUGUAGGGAAUGCCAGCCAAAGGCACAGACACGGCUUGCAAACGGGUGCUCGGAGAGUUCCCAGAAUUACUAGUGAUGGGAGCCCUUGGGAAACGUAGCAGAAAGAGUGGCAGAUUUCCCUCCUUCUUGCCCUGGGAGCACCGGACUGGAUCAGAGGAUGGACACGAAACUCGUAGCUGUUACCAUAAAGAGGCUCAGCUGGUCUCCAGAACUGUCCACAGGAUUGGGGAGCUCUGCCUUGCCCAAACCCCCCGAUGAUGGGGACUGCCGUGCAGGGCUGAGCCCCCUGGGUCAAGGCCAUAGGCUCUGCUACUGCCCUGCCCUGUGGCCUGGCCAGAAGACUUGAAACCAGAGCCCAAAUUGGCUGGGCCAUGUAGUUUUGACACUCCAGGCCUUAUCAAGCGUGGCAGAGGGGGAGAGGAAGCUUCAACACACACUGCUUCCAUACCCAAACCUGUGGCCCCGCUCUCCCCUCCUCUGUGUGGAUGCGCUGAGCUGAAAGGCUCCCCUCCGGACGCAAGAUAUAUGAAUAAAGUUCUUUACAACAUGGCCUAUGGAGUGUCAUCUGGG